AUGGCCCCAACGCCGCUGCUCCAGAAGCUCCCUGGAGAACUGCGCAAUGAGAUAUGGGCGCUGGUUUGCGCUCCUCCCAAGCAGCAGCGACGAAAAGAGAAAGACAAACCCAAACCAUUGGCCAUUCUCAACUGCUCCCGACAAAUCUCACGAGAGGCAUCGUCAAUUGCGUUCCGCAAAAGUGCAAGAGGGCACAUCCCUCACCUCAGCAUCCUCAUCACGGCAACGUGCCAGAAGAAUGCCUGGGUGACCUUGACAGCCGAGCCUGUGACAGGCGGGCCCUUCGCCAACCGAUUCAACCCAGUGCACAGCUUCGACAUCAACAAUAUGGACAACCCAGUCUUCGACGUUCUUCGUGAAGCUCGACAGAUCAAUGAGAUCCACAUCCACUUCAACGGUCCAGUAUUCGCCGACGAGCCACUGCAUCACUAUCAGCUUCGAGGUAGAUCCGUAGCCCGAUUUGGAAACAAGCCCAUCCAUGACGUCAAGGGCUUCUGGAAGCAAUGUGAUGUCCCAUUUCUCUGUCACUGGGCGAAAGCUACAGAUGUCGCUCAGUUCAUUGGGUCACUCAAGAGCAUUGGCAAGCUCACGAUCUACUUGAACAAUUGGCAGCUGCUCCCCCACCGACAAGAUGGCAAGCACUGGAAAUAUUGGCAAGCUGUUCCCUUCUACAAGUUGACCCAGGAACCGGACCUGCGAAUUCCGAUUCGACUUUUCAGACUGCUCUUUGAGGCUUUCUUGGACGAGGAGCAUACCCCCAAUCUCGUCAUCAAGGAGUGCAAAACUGGCUUCGGCCGCAUCAUCUUCCCUCAGAAGAACCACGCUUGGCAGAUGUCUUUGUUAUCCAUUGAACCUCCCAUGUGCAAACAUGGAGAUGGAUGGGCUGACUUCCAGGAGGGGCUCGGACCGAUUGAGAGACCAUUUCCUUCCGGAGGAAGACCCUUUGUCGACCCUGGAAGUCUCUUGAAUGCGUACAAGUCGCUGCUCGAUCAGCUGAGUGACGACAAUCACGACGUUGGGGCUCUUCGACAGCAUCAGGCGACCACAUCCAGAUCGUCAACUCGGAAUUUCUUCCAUCGACUGCGAGAUCACGAGGACCACCCAGUCCCUACGCCUCUAAUGAGAUUGACCCAGAAGGCCUUGCAGCGCGAAGCAGCAGAGAGGGAUAAGCAUCGAGAGGAGGAUCAAGGUGAUCCGAAGGGAUUCAAGGGAAGUGAUUGA